UGACACCAACACAACCUUAUCAAAUUUGUGUCUUAAAACAUACUUAUGUCAACAUUGCUUUUGUAUGACUUUUAUUUAUAGUUUAGGCAUAAGGUGGAAAAAGGUUGAGAAACGGAAAAAUCUCCUAAAUUAACCAGGAAUUAAAAAAUGGAAGGUGAUGAUAUUAGUGAGAAGCUGUUGAGUAAAGUUCAAGUGGAAGAGAAUGAAGUGAAGAUUAAGGAGAAGAUAUUGAUAGAGUGGAAGAAAAUGUGGGUGAUAGCUGCUCCUGCCAUUUUUACUAGAUUCUCGACGUUUGGAGUAAAUGUGAUUAGCCAGGCAUUCAUCGGUCACAUUGGUUCUAUUGAACUUGCAGCCUACGCCCUUGUCAUCACUGUUCUCCUCAGAUUUGGGAAUGGCAUUAUCUUAGGAAUGGCAAGUGGAUUGGAAACACUUUGUGGACAAGCAUAUGGUGCUAAACAGUAUCACAUGUUAGGCAUAUAUCUUCAAAGAUCAUGGAUUGUCUUGACUAUAACAGGAACUCUGCUUUUACCAAUCUUUAUUUUCACAACUCCUAUUUUAAGAGCUUUAGGACAGGAAGAAGCUAUAGCUCAAGAGGCAGGAGUUAUUUCGUUAUGGUUAAUACCCGUGAUUUAUUCCUUCAUUGCAUCAUAUACAUGCCAAAUGUUCUUACAAGCACAGAGUAAGAACAUGAUUAUUACUUACUUAGCAGCAUGUACUCUUGCCAUUCAUAUCUUCCUCUGUUGGCUUUUAACGGUCAAAUUCAAGUUUGGAAUGACUGGCGCUAUGACGUCUACACUCUUGGCAUAUUGGCUUCCUAAUAUUGGUCAGUUGAUAUAUGUGACUUCUGGAGGCUGUAAAGAAACAUGGAAGGGAUUUACAUCUUUGGCCUUUAAGGAUCUCUGGCCUGUUAUCAAGCUUUCUUUCUCUUCAGGUGCCAUGCUCUGCCUUGAACUCUGGUACAACACUAUACUCAUUCUUCUUACAGGAAACCUCAAAAAUGCUAUGGUUCAGAUUGAUGCUCUUGCUAUAUGUCUUAACAUCAAUGGUUGGGAAAUGAUGAUUUCACUUGGUUUCUUAGCUGCAGUAUGUGUACGUGUAUCAAACGAGCUGGGAAGAGGGAGUGCGAAAGCAGCAAGGUUUUCAAUCUUGACAAUAGUGAUGACCUCAUUUGUUAUUGGCUUCAUCCUGUUUCUCUUCUUCCUUUUCUUGCGCGGACGCUUGGCCUAUAUAUUCACAGAAAGUGAAGACGUGGCUGAAGAAGUUGACCGCUUAUCUCCUUUAUUAGCAUUUUCUAUACUUUUGAACAGUGUUCAACCAGUUCUCUCUGGUGUUGCUGUUGGAGCUGGAUGGCAGAGUAUAGUAGCAUAUGUCAACAUUGGAUGUUACUACUUGGUUGGCGUUCCAGUUGGAGUUGUACUUGGUUAUGUUUUCAAACUGCAAGUUAAAGGUGUUUGGAUUGGAAUGCUCUUUGGUGUUUUGGCACAAACUGUGGUGUUACUUGUCAUCACUCUCAAAACUGAUUGGGACAAACAGGUAUUAAUUGCUCAGCAGAGAGUGAAGAAGUACUUUGUAGAAGCUGAACCUAAUAAUGAUUCACAAAGUGCUUGAAGUUGAGAUGUUGAGUUUUUUUUAAUGGUAUUUGUUCCCAUAUCAUUUUACAUUCAUGCAAAACGAGAAGUGGAGAAAGGAUUCAUUGAUUAAUUUUUCUCCUUCUCUUACUUAA